AUGUCUGAUAUAAAAGAUAUAGAAAGGGAGCGCAGGGCGUUGGCAGUCCGAUGCAGUAUGGUAGCUCGCAGGUUUGCACGUUGCAACAAACAAGUAAAAAUAACUCUCUUUAAGGCAUAUUGCCAAACUUUCUACACGUGCAGCCUGUGGGUGUCAUAUACGCAGAGGACCUACAAUGACCUGCGCGUCCAAUAUAAUAAUGGAUUCAGGGUGCUGAUGGGGCUGCCGAGAUUCUGCAGUGCGUCACUGAUGUUUGCUGAGGCUCGUACCGAUGAUUUUUAUGCAAUUAUGAGAAAAAGAGCAGCAUCGGUGAUGAGCAGAAUCCGCGGUAGUUCCAACGACAUUCUGAAGACAUUGUCUGAACAACUAGAUAAUCCAUUUAUGAGACACUGGAUUAUUUUGCACAUGCACUCUUAG